AAUAAUUCGUAGUGCUUUUGCCUUUCUUGCGUACUCCUGGUGAACCAGUUGCUAGCCAUAUGUUUAGGAGGCUUUUUUCUCCAGGUACUGGUACUAAGCCGCUUUGCCAUCUCUUCAUCUUCAUCUGCAAAGAAUUCUCGACGUGAAAACACAGAGACAAAGGCCUGAUCUUUGAAUAGGAAAAAGAAUGGAUCCGAAGGUCCCAAAUCAAUUGGCUUAUUCGAAAAAAGCCUUCUUCUUUGAAAGAUAUAUCUCGUGUCUGGUACUGCAUUGUUCCACUCUGCAAGAAGUCCGAAUCAGUCUCUUGCACCUCCCCCUUUUUAUGAUAAAUAUACCAGAAAUAAUUCGAAUAAAUAGCAGUCUCUGACAACUCAUCCUCUUUAAUCUGCUUGGACCCGCUCCAAUACCCAUAGGAAAAUCCCCAGUCAUAUUCAGCGUACCUGUCCCUGCAAUCAAAUAGAUUGUCCCAAGGGCCCCAUAUUCUAGGAGCCCAAGUUAUGCUAUUGAAAAUUCGUUCCUCUAGCAGUUCCGGUUUGACCAUUCCGUUCCCUUUUUCAAACUCCACUUCUUUUCAUAUAGCAUCCCUAAUCAAAGAGAGAACAAUAUCCAUUUCAAAACAUUUCUAACGGAUUCCUUGGUUCGGACCGACGAAGUAAUGGCACUCGAUUAUUAUCAACCCGACUGCAAUCUUUUUCUGUCGGUAAGGAUUGCACCAGAGCACCUUCUACUUCUAAUAGGCCAUGAACUAUAGAUAGAGAAGAAUCAUUCUGAGCGAGUCCAUAAGAAGCGACCCACUUUUUCAUCGGUUCCGGGGGAAGACCAAAGAUCUUGCGCGACCGGUCCGCCAGAAAAACUCAAAAGAGAAAGAAGUCUCGUUAAUCUCUUCAUGCUCGUUCCAAGUUCGAAGUACCGUUUGGCCAAAGAAAAAGCCGCUUCCUGACACGAUUGCCUCUUUAUAUAGAUAGAUAUAGGAUCUAUGGGGUUAUUACUUAGAAGUCUAUUUUGUACAAGAUCCCCUCCUAUCUGAUAGAAAAGGGUCCCAUGAUCCCGAGCCGGUCUUAUCUUGGCUCGCAAACCCCAAGUUUGUCUAUGAAGAGCUAAUCUAAUUGUAUUAGUUUCUAUAAUGGAUUUCUUAUGUGGAAUACUAAUGGAUAGGGCCUCGUUGCUAAGUGCUACAAGAUCUAGUGCACUGGAACUCGUGGUUAUGGACCCGAAUCCUUUAGUAUGGAACAUUGUCUUUUCCAAGUAAAAACCCCUAGUAUAUGAAAGAAUGAAAAGGUGCUUUCGUUCUUGUGGAAUAAGAAGCCCUCGUACCUUAAUGAAAGGAAAAUAGGAAUUUUUCGUUAGGUAUUUGACCAAAUAGGAUUGUCCAGUUCCUAUAGAACCUAUCACUAAAAUACCCGAUAGGGCUAAGCGGAACGAAAAGGGUUUUCCAUGAGAUGGUAAAUGAAAACGAUUAGCCCCACACGAGGUUUGGGAAUAAGUGAUUGUCUGAUAAUGAGCAAGGAAUAUACGUCUUUCUGCUAAAGAGAAUCUAUUAAACUCAUAAUUCAUUAGAUCCUUGUUAGCAAUGUCAACUAGGUAUCAUAAGUAAAUGGAUCUCGGUUGUUCAAUCCUUUGAUAACCAAGGUCAUUCUUUGCUAAAGAGAAAUGAUCACUAUGGGUCAGACUCAAUAGAAUUGGAUCCAUUCCAAAUAGCGAGAAUUAGGAUUCUUGAUCCCUCUCAGUCUCUCUUUCAAUUCGAGGAUCCGGAGAGGUGUUUUCAUAGUCAUCUCCGAAUAUUUGCCAUCUCCGAAUAUUUUCGAUUUCAUUUUUCUAUGAUAUGUCUUUCUAUAUGAAAAUUGGUUAUUUACGAUGUACGAUGAUCCCUGUUAAGCAUCCAUGGCUGAAUGGUUAAAGCGCCCAACUCAUAAUUGGUAAAUUUGCGGGUUCAAUUCCUGCUGGAUGCACGCGAACGGGAACGGUCUAUUGGAAUUGGCUCUCUAUCCAUGGAAUCUCAUCCAUCAUCCAUACAUAACGAAUUGGUAUGGUAUAUUCAUACCAUAACAUAAGAACAAUAAGAACUCGAAUUCUUAUCGAUACUGGAACUCAGAGCAUAGGGGGGAAAGUCGAUUUAUGGAUGGAAUCAAAUACGCAGUAUUUACAGAAAAGAGUCUUCGUUUAUUGGGAAAGAAUCAAUAUACUUUUAAUGUCGAAUCGGGAUUCACUAAGACAGAAAUAAAGCAUUGGGUCGAACUCUUCUUUGGUGUUAAGGUAGUAGCUGUGAAUAGCCAUCGACUACCCGGAAAGGGUAGAAGAAUGGGACCUAUUCUGGGACAUACAAUGCAUUACAGACGUAUGAUCAUUACCCUUCAACCGGGUUAUUCUAUUCCACUUCUAGAUAGAGAAACGAACUAAAGGAGAAUACUUAAUAAUACGGCGAAACAUUUAUACAAAACACCUAUCCCGAGCACACGCAAGGGAACCGUAGACAGGCAAGUGAAAUCCAAUCCACGAAAUAAAUUGAUCCAUGGACGGCACCGUUGUGGUAAAGGUCGUAAUGCCAGAGGAAUCAUUACCGCAAGGCAUAGAGGGGGAGGUCAUAAGCGCCUAUACCGUAAAAUCGAUUUUCGACGGAAUCAAAAAGACAUAUCUGGUAGAAUCAUAACCAUAGAAUACGACCCUAAUCGAAAUGCAUACAUUUGUCUCAUACACUAUGGGGAUGGUGAGAAGAGAUAUAUUUUACAUCCCAGAGGGGCUAUAAUUGGAGAUACUAUUGUUUCUGGUACAAAAGUUCCUAUAUCAAUGGGAAAUGCCCUACCUUUGAGUGCGGUUUGAACUAUUGAUUUACGUAAUUGGAAGUAACCAAUUAGGUUUACGACGAAACCUAGAAAUCGAUCACUGAUCCAAUUUGACUACCUCUACGGGAUAGACCUCAACAGAAAACUGUUGAGUAACGGCAGCAAGUGAUUGAGUUCAGUAGUUCCUCAUAGAAAAUUAUUGACUCUAGAGAUAUGGUAAUAUGGAGAAGACAAAAUUGUUUGAAGCACGCACAGAACCGGAAGCGCCCCUUGUUUCAAAGAGAGGAGGACGGGUUAUUCACAUUUAAUUUGAUGGUCAGAGGCGAAUUGAAAGUUAAGCAGUGGUAAUUAAGACCCCCGGGUGAAAAUAGGGAUGUCUCCUACGUUACCCAUAAUAUGUGGAAGUAUCGACGUAAUUUCAUAGAGUCAUUCGAUCUGAAUGCUACAUGAAGAACAUAAGCCAGAUGACGGAACGCGGAGACCUAGGAUGUAGAAGAUCAUAACAUGAGCGAUUCGGCGGAUUUGGAUUCCUUUUCUAUAUAUCCACUCAUGUGGUACUUCAUCAUACGAUUCAUAUAAGAUCCAUCUGUCUAGAGAUCGUCAUAUACAUCUAGAAAGCCGUAUGCUUUGGAAGAAGCUUGUACAGUUUGGGAAGGGGUUUUUUGAGAAAAAAGAAGAAUCUACUUCAACCGAUAUGCCCUUAGGCACGGCCAUACAUAACAUAGAAAUCACACGUGGAAGGGGUGGGCAAUUAGCUAGAGCAGCAGGUGCUGUAGCGAAACUGAUUGCAAAAGAGGGUAAAUUGGCCACUUUAAGAUUACCAUCUGGGGAGGUCCGUUUGGUAUCCCAAAACUGCUUAGCAACAGUCGGACAAGUGGGUAAUGUUGGGGUGAACCAAAAAAGUUUGGGUAGAGCCGGAUCUAAGUGUUGGCUAGGUAAACGCCCCGUAGUAAGAGGGGUAGUUAUGAACCCUGUGGACCACCCCCAUGGGGGUGGUGAAGGGAAAGCCCCCAUUGGUAGAAAAAAACCCACAACCCCUUGGGGUUAUCCUGCGCUUGGAAGAAGAACUAGGAAAAGGAAAAAAUAUAGUGAUAGUUUUAUUCUUCGUCGCCGUAAGUAAAUACGUAACUAGGAAUAUGGAAAAUUGCAUUUUUGGAAUUUGCAAUAAUGCGAUGGGCGAACGACGGGAAUUGAACCCGCGCAUGGUGGAUUCACAAUCCACUGCCUUGAUCCACUUGGCUACAUCCGCCCCUUAUCCAGCUAAAGGAUUUUCUCUUUUUUCCAUUCAUUAUUAUUCUAUUUAUUCUGACCUCCAUACCUCGAUCGAGAUAGUGGACAUAGGAUGCCACUCUUUAAAAUGAAAAAAAGGAGUAAUCAGCUGUGACACGAAAAAAAACGAAUCCUUUUGUAGCUCGUCAUUUAUUGGCAAAAAUCGAAAAGGUCAAUAUGAAGGAGGAGAAAGAAAUAAUAGUAACGUGGUCCCGGGCAUCUAGCAUUCUACCCGCAAUGGUUGGCCAUACAAUCGCGAUUCAUAAUGGAAAAGAACAUAUACCUAUUUACAUAACAAAUCCUAUGGUAGGUCGCAAAUUGGGGGAAUUCGUGCCUACUCGGCAUUUCACGAGUUAUGAAAGUACAAGAAAGGAUACUAAAUCUCGUCGUUAAUUGAAUUCAGAAUAGAAAGAUUCAGAAUAAACAAAAUUUAUAGGAUUCAAAUAAUCAAAUAAAGUAAAGGUAGGCGGGUAAUAACCUUAUUUAUGACAAGUUUCAAAUUGGUAAAGUAUACCCCUAGGAUAAAGAAGAAGAAGGGGCUGAGAAAACUCGCAAGAAAAGUUCCAACCGAUCGUCUACUUAAAUUCGAACGGGUUUUCAAAGCACAAAAACGCAUACAUAUGUCUGUUUUCAAAGCACAAAGAGUUCUAGAUGAGAUUCGCUGGCGUUACUACGAGGAAACCGUUAUGAUACUGAAUCUCAUGCCUUAUCGAGCAUCGUAUCCCAUCUUAAAGUUGGUUUAUUCGGCAGCAGCAAAUGCUACUCAUUAUAGGGAUUUCGACAAAACGAAUUUAUUCAUCACUAAAGCCGAAGUCAGUAGGAGUACUAUUAUGAAAAAAUUCAGACCUCGAGCUCGAGGACGUAGUUAUUCUAUAAAAAAAACGAUGUGUAAUAUAACAAUUGUACUAAAUAUAGUAAAGAAAUCAAAAUAAUCUUUAGAUCAAUCUAAGAUUUCGAUUCCCAGUAAAAAAAAAAGAAAUAUAAUAGAAAAAUAUGGGACAAAAAAUAAAUCCACUCGGUUUCAGACUUGGUACAACCCAAAAUCACCAUUCCUUUUGGUUCGCACAACCAAAAAAUUAUUCUGAAGGUCUACAGGAAGAUAAAAAAAUACGGAAUUGUAUCAAGAACUAUAUACAAAAGAAUAGGAAAAAAGGCUCGAAUAGAAAAAUGGAAUCAGACUCAAGUUCUGAAGUAAUUACACAUAUAGAAAUUCAAAAAGAAAUCGAUACAAUCCACGUCAUAAUCCAUAUUGGAUUCCCCAACUUAUUAAAGAAAAAGGGAGCAAUCGAAGAAUUAGAGAAAGAUCUCCAAAAGGAAGUUAAUUCUGUAAACCAGAGACUUAAUAUUGCUAUCGAAAAGGUUAAAGAACCUUAUAGACAACCUAAUAUUCUUGCGGAAUAUAUAGCUUUCCAAUUAAAAAAUAGAGUUUCAUUCCGAAAAGCAAUGAAAAAAGCUAUUGAAUUAACUAAAAAAGCGGAUAUAAAGGGAAUAAAAAUCCAAAUUGCGGGUCGUCUAGCAGGAAAAGAAAUUGCACGUGCCGAAUGCAUCAAAAAGGGUAGACUACCCCUCCAAACAAUUCGCGCUAAAAUUGAUUAUUGCUGCUAUCCAAUUCGAACUAUCUAUGGAGUAUUAGGUGUCAAAAUUUGGAUAUUCGUAGAAGAAGAAUAACUAACCAUGUCUUCCCAUUCCGCCCAGUGAUAGAAUAAAAAAGACAAGAACCUUGUUUUUCCAAAAAUCCCUAAAAAAAAGAAGAAAGUAUCCCUCUUUCUAUAAGAUUUAAUGAAAAUUAAGAAAUCUUUUAAUAUAAUUGCUAUGCUUAGUGUGUGACUCGUUAGUUUUUUCUUUAGGGUCAAAAAUGGAAAAAAACUUAGUAAUGAUAGAAAAUUAACUAAUAACCAACCUAUUGCUUCGUAUUGUCGAGAUCCUAACUAAGAAACAGUCACUAUGUGAAUAAAUACAUCUAUCAAAAAUGAGUAGAUCUAUCAUAUAGUUGUAGCAACUGCAUUUUUUUCUCUACAAAAGAAACCUGAUUCUAGGCUGUGAAGCAAAACUAAAGGGAUGUGGAUAAAAGGAGGGAUGAUAGAUAGAAGGAAGAAGAAUAAGAAAGAUAUAGGAUUCCCAUAUGUAUGGUCUAUGAAUUACAUCAUAAAAAAAAGGCAAUGUGAUAAAGCAUCAAUAUAAUAAAAUUCUCAAAAAAAAGAGAGAAUUCGAAAUCGUAACUUGACUUUUGAAACAACAAAUAAAAAUAUAAAGCAAUAAAUAAAGAGCAGCCGGGUUAAUAAAACUGAGAAAAUUGACUCGGAAAAAAAAAUUGGAAGCUCCAUUGCAGGAUUCAAACCUAACCAUUAAAGGAGAAGCUGUGGGAACGACAAAACCUAUGACUACAUAGGAUUUUAUUGAAAAGAAUCCUAACACUUCAUUGGGUGGGAUGGCGGAACAAACCAAAAAAAUUGCUUUAUUUGAUAAGGUUCUAAAUUAACAAAUAAGACAGGAAAGAGUAAAUAUUCGCCCGCGAAAUCCUUAUUGGAUUAGAAUACUUUACCACGAUUCAAUAAGAAUAAAAAAAAAGGAGAUUCCAAAAAAGGAAGGAUUACAUUUUAUAUAAAUAUUGAAUUUGGAUAUAUUCUAGAUCUUCUUUCUUGACUAUAUAUUUAUUUUUCUUUUUUAAGUUUAAGAAAGUCAAAAUCAAAAAAACCUAACUUUUUCUAUUAUAUAUUGAUGUGUAUCUAUCUAUAAUAUUUUUGAAUAUUAUGGAAUUAGAGAAAUGACAUUCGCACGCUUUCUCAUUUCAUUCGCGAGGAGCUGGAUGAGAAGAAACUCUCAUGUCCAGUUUUGUAGUAGAGAUGGAACUAAGAAAGAACCAUCGACUAUAACCCCAAAAGAACUAGAUUUCGUAAACAACAUAGAGGAAGAAUGAAGGGAAAAUCCUGCCGAGGCAAUCAUAUUUGUUUUGGUAGAUAUGCUCUUCAAGUACUUGAACCCGCUUGGAUCACCGCGAGACAGAUAGAAGCAGGACGAAGAGCAAUGACACGAUAUGCACGUCGUGGUGGAAAAAUAUGGGUGCGUAUAUUUCCCGACAAACCGGUUACAAUAAGACCCACAGAAACACGUAUGGGCUCGGGAAAGGGAUCCCCCGAAUAUUGGGUAGCCGUUGUUAAACCAGGUCGAAUACUUUAUGAAAUGAGCGGAGUAUCCGAAACUGUAGCUAGAGCAGCUAUCUCUAUAGCUGCCAGUAAAAUGCCCAUACGAAGUCAAUUUCUUCGAUUAGAGAUAUAGAACCCCAAAAAGGAAUAUUGAAGAUAAAAAACCCCUGGUUUUUCUUUCUGGAAAGACAAUAUUUCUUUCAUCCUUUUGCAUUGAAAUAACAAAUGGAAAUCCAAAUAAUAUGAUUCAACCUCAGACCCUUUUAAAUGUAGCAGAUAACAGUGGAGCUCGAAAAUUGAUGUGUAUUCGAGUCAUAGGAGCCGCUGGUAAUCAGCGAUAUGCUCGUAUUGGUGAUGUUAUUAUUGCUGUAAUCAAAGACGCAGUGCCCCAAAUGCCUCUAGAAAGAUCCGAAGUAAUUCGAGCUGUAAUUGUACGUACACGUAAAGAAUUCAAAGGCGACGACGGUAUAAUAAUACGCUAUGAUGACAAUGCAGCAGUUAUCAUUGAUCAAAAAGGAAAUCCAAAAGGAACUCGAGUUUUUGGCGCGGUUGCCGAAGAAUUAAGAGAAUUGAAUUUGACUAAAAUAGUUUCAUUAGCUCCUGAAGUAUUAUAAAUACUAGUAGACGAGAUAUAGAUCAAAGAAAAAAUUAGUAGAUUUUGUCUCACGUAUAUGCUUAAAAAUCCUAAAUUUAAAGAAAAGGGAAAACAUGUUGAUUAUAGAAAAAUUAGGAGGAACCUAGAAUUAGAGUCUUAUGGGCAAGGACACUAUUGCUGAUUUACUAACCUCUAUAAGAAACGCAGACAUGAAUAAAAAAGGAACUGUUCGAGUAGUAUCCACAAAUAUUACCGAAAACAUUGUUAAAAUACUUCUACGAGAGGGUUUUAUUGAAAGUGUUCGGAAACAUCAGGAAAGUAACAGAUAUUUCUUGGUUUCAACUUUGCGACAUCAAAGGAGAAAGACUAGAAAGGGAAUAUAUAGAACUAGAACCUUUUUAAAGCGUAUCAGCCGACCUGGCUUACGAAUUUAUGCCAACUAUCAAGGAAUUCCUAAGGUUUUGGGCGGAAUGGGAAUUGCUAUUCUUUCUACUUCUCGAGGUAUAAUGACAGAUCGAGAAGCUCGACUAAACAGAAUUGGGGGAGAAGUUUUAUGUUAUAUAUGGUAAUGGCCCCACCUAUAGUACCCAAAUUCUAUCUCGAACUUCCUAUUUUGAAAAUAAAAAUAGAAAAAUAGGAGAAAAAUAUAUGACAGAAAAAAAAAAUAGUAGAGAAAAAAAAAACCCGAGAGAAGCAAAAGUCACUUUCGAAGGUUUAGUUACGGAAGCCCUACCCAACGGAAUGUUCCGCGUUCGCCUAGAGAAUGACACGAUCAUCCUGGGCUAUAUUUCAGGAAAGAUCCGGUCUAGUUCUAUACGAAUACUGAUGGGGGAUAGGGUCAAAAUUGAAAUAAGUCGUUAUGAUUCCAGCAAAGGUCGUAUAAUUUAUAGACUUCCCCAUAAGGAUUCGAAGCGUACCGAAGACUCGAAGGAUACUGAAGAUUUGAAGGAUACCAAAGAUUCAAAGGAUUAGGUUUUUCUGGGGUAAUAACUUCCAAGUUUCAAAAUUUAAGUGAAGAGACUUAUUUUUUCCAAAAGAAUAGAUUCAUAGUUUAAGAAAGGAAUACCCAUAUAUGAAAAUAAGAGCUUCCGUUCGUAAAAUUUGUACAAAAUGUCGACUGAUUCGCAGGCGUGGGCGAAUUAGAGUCAUUUGUUCCAAUCCGAAGCAUAAACAAAGACAGGGGUAAUCUUUCGAAAAAGAAGCUUUUCUUUCUAAUAGCUUUUCUUUCUAAUUAAAGUAAAAAGUACCCACGGAAAUGCCCAAAUUGCAAAUAAAAAAAAUGAAAGUAAAGGAUAUAUUUUAACCUGAAACGGAUAUCUUUGUAUCUUUUUUCUUUUUGUUAUUUCUAACUCAUAUUUAUGAGAUAAUAAAAUAUGACAAAAGCUAUACCAAAAAUAGGUUCACGUAAGAAAGUGCGUAUUGGUUUGCGUAGGAAUGCCCGUUUUAGUUUACGGAAGAGUGCACGUAGAAUAACAAAAGGGAUUAUUCAUGUUCAAGCUAGUUUCAACAAUACCAUUAUAACCGUUACAGACCCACAAGGUCGGGUCGUUUUCUGGUCCUCCGCAGGUACUUGUGGAUUCAAAAGCUCAAGAAAAGCAUCACCCUAUGCUGGUCAAAGAACAGCAGUAGAUGCUAUUCGUACAGUGGGUUUGCAACGAGCAGAAGUUAUGGUAAAAGGUGCUGGUAGCGGAAGAGAUGCCGCAUUACGAGCCAUUGCUAAAAGUGGUGUACGGUUAAGUUGUAUACGCGAUGUAACACCUAUGCCGCAUAAUGGAUGUCGACCUCCUAAAAAAAGACGUCUGUAAAAAAAAAUGAAACCGCUUUCAAGAGAAAUAAACGAUUCAAUGAUCAAAUAAUACUAGUCUGUUAUGGUUCGAGAAGAGAUAACAGGAUCCACUCAAACACUAGAGUGGAAGUGUGUUGAAUCAAGAGUAGAUAGUAAACGUCUUUAUUAUGGUCGUUUCAUUCUGUCUCCGCUUAGAAAAGGUCAAGCGGAUACUGUCGGUAUUGCCUUGCGAAGAGCUUUACUUGGAGAAAUAGAAGGAACAUGUAUCACACGCGCCAAAUUUGGGAACGUGCCACAUGAAUAUUCCACAAUAGUAGGUAUUGAAGAAUCCAUACAAGAAAUUUUACUAAAUUUGAAAGAAAUUGUAUUGAGAAGUAAUCUCUAUGGAGUUAGAGACGCAUCAAUUUGCGUCAAAGGUCCUAGAUACAUAACCGCUCAAGAUAUAAUCUUACCGCCUUCCGUAGAAAUCGUUGAUACGACACAACCUAUAGCUAACUUGAGAGAACCCGUUGAUUUCUGUAUUGAGUUACAGAUCAAGAGAGAUCGCGCAUAUCAUACGGAACUCAGAAAGAACUCUCAAGAUGGAAGUUAUCCUAUAGAUGCUGUAUUCAUGCCUGUUCGAAAUGUGAAUUAUAGUAUUUUUUCUUGUGGGAAUGGAAAUGAAAAACACGAGAUACUUUUUUUAGAAAUAUGGACGAAUGGAAGUUUAACUCCUAAAGAAGCGCUUUAUGAAGCUUCUCGUAAUUUGAUUGAUUUAUUUCUUCCUUUUCUACACACAGAGGAAGAGGGCACUAGUUUCGAAGAAAAUAAAAACAGGUUAACUCCACCCCUUUUAACCUUUCAAAAAAGAUUCACUAAUCUAAAGAAAAACAAAAAAGGAAUUCCAUUGAAUUGUAUUUUUAUUGAUCAAUUAGAAUUGCCUUCUAGAACGUAUAAUUGUCUCAAAAGGGCCAAUAUACAUACACUAUUGGACCUUUUGAGUAAGACUGAAGAAGAUCUUAUGCAAAUUAAUAGUUUUCGUAUGGAAGAUGGAAAACUGAUAUGGGACACUCUAGAGAAGCAUCUCCCAAUUGAUUUACCUAAGAACAAGUUCUCGCUUUAAAUCAUUGCAAUUUUUUCCUCUUCUUCUUUUUUGAGUUAGAAUAAAAAGAAAAAAGAAAGCAAUUUGGCAUCUUUGGCAUAAUCUAUAUUUUCGCGAAAUGGAUCAUAAUAAAAUAGAUUUUAGGUAUCUAGGGAAGAUUCACUUGGAAGUAACUAUUUCCUAGAUACCCAUGCAGGGGACUUCGCGGUGGAAUGAAUCAACUCGAAAAAUCCCUAAACUAAAAAAGACCUAAAGUUAAGGAUUUAUCAAUGGGUAAUGUUGCUCCAAUACCUAACCAAAGAGCUACUGCAGUACCGAUUAAAAAAACGGUCGUAGCUACUGGGCGACGAAAUGGAUUUUGGAAUUUAUUGACAUUCUCUAGAAAGGGUACUGUCAAUAAGCCCGUUGGCACAGAAACCAUUAAGAGAACGCCCAAUAACUUAUUGGGUACUGUACGGAGUAUUUGAAAUACGGGAAAGAAGUACCACUCGGGUAAUAUUUCCAAAGGAGUUGCAAACGGAUCCGCCGGUUCACCAAUCAUUGACGGCUCUAGAACCGCUAAACCUACAUUACACGCAAUAGUACCUAGAAUUACUACUGGAAAAAUGUAUAAAAGAUCGUUGGGCCACGCGGGUUCCCCAUAAUAAUUAUGUCCCAUCCCUUUAGCUAAUUUUGCUCUUAAUACAGGAUCAUUUAAGUCAGGUUUCUUUGUUAUUGGGAUAGGUGAAUUCUUUAGGAUCCAUCCCCCAAAGGAACCGGACAUGAGAAUUUUUCAUCAUCCGGCUCGAGCAAGAAUGAAAGAAAUAAGACCGUGGAGGAUCCACAAUAGAAUAGGGGUAUAUAAUGACUCAAUGACUCAAGGUAAGAAAAACUUUAUCAAAUUAUCUUUUCCGAAGUUGCGCCUAUAACUACUCAUUGAAAAGAAUCCUAUUCUUAUGCUUAAAUGCUCAAUAUCCAAGUGGGCUUACAAAUUUGAUCAUGAUCAAUUGCUUUGUGGAUUGUCUCUUGAUUAGUUGUUGUUUAUCCCCUCGAUAUCGCAAGUUUCUUAUGUCCAAACAAAGUAUUUACUUGUUACUAAUAAAAAAUCAAAAAGUUUAGCCUGCGUUCUUCCUUAGAUCCCUUCUUUUACUCCGAUAGUAUUGCGGAUCAAAAUCGAUGCAAAGAAAAUGAAUGCAUUUCCAUACUAUAAUAAAAAGUAAGUGUAAUAAAAAUUGAAUUGGAUCAUAUCACAUGACUUAUUCCAUUUAUACUCUAUAGGAUCUUACGGAGCCUGUUCAUGGAUGACAUGGUUGGUGGGGUAUGAUCAUAGAAAAUAUUCUCCUCGAGUGAACCAGCCUAUCCUUCCUAGAUAGGGGACUUACGUGUUGAUUGGAUGCGGAGACACCUUUGGUCGUGAAUUCUAAUGUGGCAGAUCCAAUUCUCUAUCUGCAUGGCCAAAUUAAUAAUUCAAGUCACACACUCCCAUAAUCCGCCUUAUUUUCUUUCGUAAAAUUCACUUCAACUAUUUGUAUAAAAAUACUUCGAAGUUGAAGAGAAGUAUCCAAAUGACAUGUCUUAUUUUACAAUAACCCAUGUUUGUAGCAAUGAAAUACCACAACCUACCCGAUAUGAUAUAUGAGAAUUAGAAUUCUCUAUGCUAUGCCUUCCCUAUAACGGACCCGAAAUACCUUGCUUACGUAUCAUUGGAAAGUGCAUUAACAUAAAUACGGCAGUAAGCAGAGGUAGUACAAAGGUAUGUAAACUAUAAAAACGAGUCAAAGUGGAUUGGCCCACACUAGCACUUCCACGUAAUAAUUCCACUAAAGGGGACCCUAUUACCGGAAUAGCUUCGGGUACACCUGUAACAAUUUUGACUGCCCAAUAACCAAUUUGAUCCCAAGGCAAAGAAUAACCAGUUACACCAAAUGAUGCAGUCAAUACAGCCAAAACCACGCCUGUGACCCAAGUUAAUUCACGGGGUUUUUUAAAUCCACCUGUGAGAUACACACGAAAUACGUGCAGGAUCAUCAUUAGAACCAUCAUACUUGCUGACCAUCGAUGAACCGAUCGGAUUAACCAACCAAAGUUGGCCUCCGUCAUUAUAUAUUGAACGGAGGAAAAAGCCUCUGUAACGGUCGGUCGGUAGUAAAAAGUCAUAGCAAAACCGGUAGCGACUUGUACUAGAAAACAAGUAAGUGUAAUUCCCCCUAAACAAUAAAAUAUGUUGACAUGAGGAGGAACAUAUUUACUAGUUAUAUCAUCUGCAAUUGCCUGAAUCUCAAGACGUUCUUCAAACCAAUCAUAUACUUUAUUGAGAUAGGUAACUAGCCCGACUCCCCCUCCGAGAACCGUAUAUGAAAAUUUCAUCUCGUACGGCUCAAGCAGAAAUACACAAAUUUUCAACGGAUAUUAGAAAAAAAGGGUUCAAAACUCCAUCAGCCACGGUAUUGGAUCGAUUUGCCUUGAAGAUAUGAAAUAAGAAAAAUCCAGAAUUUCUUCUUUGUGAUAAUAAUGCCAAAAAAUCUCAAGUUGGCUCAUCUGUCUUUCUUUCCCUUAUGUUGAUCAUUAGAGGCCUCUUGACUUUUCUCUUCCCUAUUUUUUAUUGAUUUUAUUUUUUGACUAGUCAAAAAAUAAAAUCAAAAUUUCUAGUGGUUUUCUGAUAGAAAUUAUCUUGUUGCGAUCCUAUGAAUCAGUUCAAUUAAAACCUUAGAUUCAUACUAGAGCCACGAUGAUUCAGUCUCAAGAUAAACAAAAGGCAAGGGUUCUUCGAAUAAGAACCGCUUGAUGAUCAUUUAUUGAAAGAGAAAAGAGUUCUCUUUUGGGCAAACAAAAUUGGAAGGAAGAAAAUUUCUUUUUUUAUUAAGAACUACUUCAUUUUUUUUUUAAGUCUGGUUGCGAGGUCUAAAUAGUGAGUAUGAAUCAUAGUUCCUUUUUUUUUUGAUCCACUCUAUGUAUUUCGUGUUCCAGAUACUAGAAUAAAUAAUAUCUGACGAAUUAGAAUCAUCUUGAUAGAGAUAACAGGCCCCUUCUAUGUAUUAUCAAUAGGAUCAAUUCUAACAAGUCACACACUCAUAUUCCAGAGAUACCAAAACAAAAAAAUCCACGGUCGAACUACCAGAAUGUCUAGAAAUGUGGAGCUUAAAGUAGAAAGGCUUUUUUUGGAUGGAAAAACUAUGAAGUCAUAGUUUUAGUUAGUAGAAACCUAAUUCGUUAAAAUUCCGUCCAGUAAAACAGAAGAAUUAUAAAUUUCUAAAAUUAUAGAUAGGAAUAUCGCGAAUAAAGCCAUUGCGACCCCCAUAAAAGGAGUAGUCCCCCAACCCGGAGCAACUUUCCCAUAUUCCGAAUUCAAGGGUUUCAAUAAACUACCUGCGCCAGUCCGUUUUGGCUUAGGUCUAGAACUAUCUUCAACGGUUUGUGUAGCCAUAAAUUCUAUUUAAUCAUUGGUGUUGACUUUGUAUACUAUUCCGUUGUAGUUGUAAAUACACGAUCUUUUCAUAGAUCCAUUGUAAUCUUGAAAUUCUAUAAAAAUGGAAACAGCAACUUUAGUCGCCAUCUCCAUAUCUGGUUUACUUGUAAGCUUUACUGGGUAUGCCUUAUAUACCGCGUUUGGGCAACCCUCUCAACAAUUAAGAGAUCCAUUCGAAGAACAUGGGGACUAAUUGAAGUAAGAAGUCUCCCCUCCGGGGGACUUCUUACUUCAAUUAAAUUAUUUCAUUUCUUAGUCGGAACCUUAGGUGGUUCUCGGAAGAAGAUAGCGAAAAAAAUUAUCCCUAAAGUCGAAACUAAAAGGAACGUAUAAACCAAUGCUUCCAUAGAUUCGAUCCUGGUUUAUUUACAAUUAUAACUUCCACACCUAUUCACUUAUCAUUUGGGAUCAUUUCCCAUAUAAAAAAAGAAAAAGAGUCAAAGAAAGGACAGGAGAUGUUCCUCAUGUCAAAUCAAACAAAAAAUGGAGGUGAAAGAUACCAUAGCAAUGUGGUAUCAGGCUGCCUGUCUCCUUGUAGUUGGAUCUCCAACUUUUUGGAAUGUUCCAAAUUCCACUUGAGCAUCCAAGUCUGGAUCAAUACCAGCAAAAACAUCUCGGAACAAGGUUCGAGCGCCAUGCCAAAUGUGUCCGAAAAAGAAGAGCAAAGCAAAGGUAGCAUGACCAAAAGUGAACCAACCCCUUGGACUGCUGCGAAAAACACCAUCUGAUUUCAAAGUAGCUCGAUCUAAUUCAAAAAUUUCCCCUAAUUGAGCACGCCGCGCAUAUUUUUUUACAGUAGCAGGAUCAGAAUAACUUACUCCAUUAAGUUCGCCACCAUAGAACUCCACCGUUACGCCUACUUGUUCAACACUAUAUUUGGAUUCUGCUCUUCUAAAAGGAACGUCCGCUCUCACAAUUCCCUCUUCAUCUACCAAAACGACCGGAAAUGUUUCAAAAAAAGUAGGCAUACGACGUACAAAAAGCUCGCGUCCUUCUUUAUCUCUAAAGACGGGAUGUCCUAACCAUCCAACAGCUAUGCCAUCCCCAUUGUCCAUUGAGCCUGCUCUGAAUAAUCCCCCCUUUGCCGGAUUAUUACCAAUAUAAUCAUAAAAGGCUAAUUUUUCGGGAAUUUUAGACCAAGCUUCUGAUAAACUAAGAUUUUCGGCUAACCCAUCGCUAACUCUUCGAUAUAUUUCUUGCUGAAAGUAUCCCUGAUCCCACUGAUAACGAGUAGGCCCAAAUAAUUCGAUUGGGGUAGUUGCUGAUCCAUACCACAUAGUUCCGGCAACUACGAAAGCAGCAAAAAAAACAGCAGCGAUACUACUGGAAAGUACAGUUUCAAUAUUGCCCAUACGUAACCCUUUGUAUAGACGUUGAGGCGGACGGACACUUAGAUGGAAUAGGCCCGCUAAUAUGCCCAAAGUACCCGCAGCAAUAUGAUGCGAAGCUAUUCCUCCCGGAACGAAAGGAUCAAAACCUUCUGCACCCCACGCAGGAUUUACAGCUUGUACUUUUCCAGUGAGUCCGUAAGGAUCGGACACCCAUAUCCCAGGGCCAUAUAAACCCGUUACAUGAAAUGCACCAAAGCCAAAACAAGCCACCCCUGCAAGAAAUAAAUGAAUUCCAAAGAUCUUGGGCAAAUCCAAAGAAGGUUUUCCCGUCCGCUCAUCACAGAAUAUUUCUAGGUCCCAAUAUACCCAAUGCCAGAUAGCUGCCAAGAAACACAAGCCAGAAAACACAAUAUGCGCACCUGCCACACCUUCAUAACUCCAAAUACCCGGAUUCGUUACAGUUCCUCCUGAAAUACUCCAACCACCCCACGAAUUCGUUAUUCCUAAACGAGUCAUGAAGGGGAUGACGAACAUACCUUGUCUCCACAUUGGAUCCAGAACAGGAUCAGAGGGAUCAAAAACCGCUAAUUCGUAUAAAGCCAUCGAACCAGCCCAACCAGAAACUAGAGCUGUGUGCAUUAUAUGCACCGAAAGCAAUCGACCCGGAUCAUUCAAUACGACAGUAUGAACACGAUACCAAGGCAAACCCAUGGAAAUACCCCUUUAGCAAAGAAAAAUAGACACGAUGUCGCUUUAUUUUAUCGCAUUGGAAAAGACUAUCCAUACUUAUUCUAUGUACCUAACCCUUCUAGGGGAUUCUAUGUCAGAAAGCGUGAAUAUUUAUUUCAUUCCAUUAAAAAUAACAAGCCAAUUCUGUUUGUAAGAAGAAAGAGAAGCAGAUCUAUUCUAUACUCGAUAAGUGCCAAUAUGCAAUGGGUAGCUUGGGCUAUUUGGAAAAACGAAGAAUAGAUCCUUCAUCCCUCUUUGUUUAUCAUUCAAAUCACGGAUUCUUUUUUCUUUAUUCAAUCUGUUUUACCUUCCUUAUAUGUAGAAUAUUUCAAUCUAUGUAUUAAUAGAAUCUAUAGUAUUCUUAUAGAAUAAGAAAAAAAAAAUGAAGAUAAUAAACUGCGGAUUCUUUCUUUCUCUUCCAUUCUUACGUUUCCAUAUUAAAGUGUAGUUUUUUUACUUAAAUUUAAUAAUAUUAAUCUAAUAUGCCCAUUGGUGUUCCAAAAGUACCUUACCGGAUUCCCGGAGAUGAAGAAGCGACUUGGGUUGACUUAUACAAUGUUAUGUAUCGAGAAAGGACACUUUUUUUAGGUCAAGAGAUUCGUUGCGAGAUCACAAAUCAUAUUACAGGUCUGAUGGUAUAUCUCAGUAUAGAAGAUGGAAAUAGCGAUAUUUUUUUGUUUAUAAACUCCCCUGGCGGGUGGCUAAUCUCAGGAAUGGCGAUUUUUGAUACGAUGCAAACGGUGACACCUGAUAUAUAUACAAUAUGCCUCGGAAUAGCCGCGUCCAUGGCCUCCUUCAUUCUGCUUGGAGGAGAACCCACCAAGCGUAUAGCAUUCCCUCACGCUAGGAUUAUGCUUCACCAACCUGCUAGUGCUUAUUAUCGGGCAAGGACACCAGAAUUUUUACUAGAAGUGGAAGAGUUACACAAAGUUCGCGAAAUGAUCACAAGGGUUUAUGCACUAAGAACAGGCAAGCCUUUUUGGGUUGUAUCCGAAGACAUGGAAAGGGAUGUUUUUAUGUCAGCAGACGAAGCCAAAGCUUAUGGACUUGUCGAUAUUGUAGGGGAUGAAAUGAUUGACGAGCACUGCGAUACUGAUCCAGUGUGGUUUCCAGAAAUGUUUAAGGAUUGGUAGUGGGUGGAUUUCUUGUAAAUUUAUCUCAAACCUAAAUUCGGGUUUUAUGCUAUAGAAAAUAGAAAUACUUCAUGAUGAUGAAUCAUCAGGUUAAGAUCGAUCUAAACCAAUCCAUUUUAUAUAUACAUACGACAUGCCAACGGUUAAACAACUUAUUAGAAAUGCAAGACAGCCAAUACGAAAUGCUAGAAAAUCGGCCGCGCUUAAGGGAUGUCCUCAGCGUCGAGGAACAUGUGCUAGGGUGUAUGUGCGACUCGUUCAGAUCAUGAGUUCAAACAAAUAAUAAAAUUUUUGAAGUAUCCAUGAUCGGUACCAAUGAAUAGGAUAGAGAAGCUCUAUCCUAGAUUUCUAUGGUAUAUGGAAUUUAUGGUUUCCUUUGGUGCAAAUCCAAUCAUCUAGAUUGGAAGAAGCAAUUCCCCCAUUGGUAACAAAUGGUUAUCCAUUAAGCGGAGGAAAUAGUAAUAAAAAGAAAAAGGCUUAUGCUCCUUUAUCUUAAAAGAACGGACUAAAGGGUCAGCUACUUAGCCAACUUUCAUAAUUAAAUACCGUCACUGUAUGAAUAACUCUUAUUGUGAAAAGAGUUAUUUACUCUAUAAUGGAUAGGUAGAGCCAAAGAAUGUGAACUAUACAAGUUCACAAUACCUUUUGAUGAAAGAAAGGGCUCCGGUGUAUAGAGAGGGCCUCGCCGUUUAAAAGGGAACCAUAAAAACGAUGGAACCCACUGUUUUUUUAGUAUCGUUAGAAUUUGUUAUUUCUAUGCGAAAUAACUAAAUAGAAUAAAAAAUCGUGGUUGGGAAGGUUAUAGUAGCAAAAGCCAUUGGAAUUAAUAUUUUAUAUAUCGGAAUAAUCCGUUUAGUUAUUAAUGGGAAAAAAGAGGGUUAAAAGAAGAGAAAUCAUUAGUUAUUCAUUAAGGUUAAUUUGAUUCAAUGACCAGAGUUCCGCGAGGAUAUAUAGCUCGGAGACGACGAACAAAAAUGCGUUCAUUUGCCUCAAACUUUAGGGGGGCUCAUUUAAGACUUAAUCGAGUGAUUACUCAACAAGUAAGAAGAGCUUUUGUUUCUUCUCAUCGAGAUAGAGGCAGGCAAAAGAGGGAUUUUCGUCGUUUGUGGAUCACUCGGAUAAACGCAGCAACACGGGUAUAUAACGUAUUCAAUAGUUAUAGUAAAUUAAUACACAAUCUGUCCAAGAAGGAAUUGAUUCUUAAUCGUAAAAUGCUUGCACAAGUAGCUGUAUCAAAUCCAAAUAAUCUUUACACGAUUUCCAAUAAAAUAAGGAUCAUCAAUUAAAGGAUAAAAAAGUAAUAUACAGGAAUAAUUAAAACCGAAUUCCCGGAGAGGGAACUCCGGGAAGAUACAAUAAAUUAAGAUUAAGUGGUAGGAAUCGACGAGCAUGUUGCAAUAAAUAAAAAAACUAUUUAUUUUUUCCCAUUUUUCUUUCUUAUAACAAACACAAGAAUCCAAAUUGGAUUACUUUACUUUAUAUAUGAGUCUGAGUCUUUCGAAUAAAACAUCAACAAUCGGAACUUAAGUUUCGAUUGUUGUUUCUUAAAUUCUGGUUGGAGUUUCUUAAGUUUCGAUUGGAAUUGAACUUUUGUGUUAAUUGAGGAAUAUGUCUAUUUUUUCUGUGUCUAGGACCAGUAAUUAUUGAAAUUGCCUGGGCUUGAAAUUGCUUCUCAUUCUCAUAGUUACGAAAUGGUAAGAAAGAUAAAAUACGAGCCUGUUUUAUAGCAAGAGUAAUUAAUCGUUGUUGUUUCAAGGUUAAUCUAUUUAUUCGUCUAGAUAAUAUUUUUCCUUGUUCACUAAUAAAUCGAUUAAUUAAACUCAUGUUUCUAUAAUCAAUUCGAUCCCCCGGGCCUAUUCGAGAACGCCUACGAAAAGGUUGUUUGGAUUUACGAAAAGGUUGCUUAGAUUUACGAAAAGGUUGUUUGAAUUUACGAAAAGGUUGCUUAGAUUUAUGAAAAGUUUGUUUGGAUUUACGAAAGGGUUGCUUAGAUUUACGAAAAGGUUGUUUAGAUAUAUACAUGAUUUAUUCCUUAUUUUAAAAUUUGAAAAAAAAAAAAUGGAUUUCUUUCUUUUAUUAAUUUUUGAUCCAGAACCAGAAGAAGUAGUCUUUCUUUGGUCCAUAUAUUAUUUGAUUAAAUCAAAAUAUACUAUAUAAAUUGAUUAAAUCAAAAUAUACUAUAUAAAAAUAUAAAAAAUCCAAAUAUAUAAAAAUAAAAACCCUCUAUACAUAUGAAAUAAUAUCUACCUAAAAUCAGAUGAGUUGAUUUGUAUUUAGUAUUCUAUCUAUGUUCUAUAUAUUUAAUAAGAAGUUCUUACUCUUUCUGUUCUUUGGAAAAAUCGAACACACGAUGCUCCUAUUUCUUUAUUUCAUUAUGAGUGGUAUGCUUGCGACAAUAACGACAAAAUUUUCUUAAUUCUAAUUGUCCGGGCGUAUUGUGGCGAUUCUUUUGAGUACUAUAUCUAGAAAUCCCCGUCGAUUCCUUAUUGGUACCCUUUCGAACACAACUAAUACAUUCCAAAAUAACUCGGAUUCUAACAUCUUUGCCCUUGGCCAUGAACCUCCUUUCCUUUUUGGAUCGACUUAACUUAAUUCUUAUACCUAUUCUUUUAUUCUUCUAUUUUGGAUCCAAAGAAAAGAAGAAGAAUAAAAUCCAUAGAAGUUCCUAACUAAAAAUGUGAUUUCUAAAGAUUUUGUUGUAAUUCUUCGAAUUAUCGAACAAAUCCAAUCCAAUAGAAUACAAAAUUUUUGAAAUUCGUAAAUUAAGUAAUAAAACAUAGAGAAAUAAUUAAAGAAUACAAUCCUUAUCCAUCUUUUCUUUCUUUUUGCUUCAUAUACUAAAAAAGAAUUCAAAAAGGGGAAAUUUUCGUCAUGUCACGAAGAAUUCUAUCUCUCGCAUAGGAAUAACUAGAAUUAAAAAAAAGGGAAUGACAAAGCAUCUGGGAAUAAACGAUUGAUUUCUAUCAAUAAACCUGCUAAAGCCCCAAACCAUAGAGUACUUAGCACGGGUGCUACAGAGAGAUAUGUUUUUAUAUCCCGCAUUGAAAAUCCUCCUUCCGUAUUGGAAUACAUAUAUGAUCAGAUACUCUUGCCCAAGAUCCUUUGUAUUUCUUUUGUUUAGGCGAAAUUCCUAACUAAAAAAACAAAAUAAAUAUUAUAUAUAUAUAGAAUGAACCGUAUAGACGAGAUUUUCCUAUCCCUAAAAAAGAUGACCCCUUCUUCCUAUACAUUACUAAGGAAUAGUAGUCUUUCUUUUAUAGGUGAAAUUUGACUGGAUUUUAGUUUAUACCCCUUCCUUGAUUAUAUGAGACCAAAAACAAGAAAUGACAAGAAAGUUCUAUAUGGAUAAAGAAAUAGAAGAAAAUUACGAUGUGGAAAACAAGAAAGGAAUUGUGUACAAUGGCAUUGUACAACAAUUUGGAAAAGGGAUGUAGCGCAGCUUGGUAGCGCGUUUGUUUUGGGUACAAAAUGUCACAGGUUCAAAUCCUGUCAUCCCUACCUAUUAAUUCUCUCUUCGUUAUGGGCAGUAGUGGGGAGAUCGAUUAAAGUGGGUAUAACUUGAAUUUGUGGAUACUAUACGGACGUGAGACACGUUAGGAAUAGAAAAGGAUUUUCUUUUUUUUUUUGUUUUGAAAGCGCUCUUAGUUCAGUUUGGUAGAACGCGGGUCUCCAAAACCCGAUGUCGUAGGUUCAAAUCCUACAGAGCGUGAUUCCAUAUAUCUUAUGUCGAAACUAAAAUAACUUAAAAAAAAACAAAGUAGAAUUGCAACUCCAAUUUGACCUCCUCCAGACCAGAGAGGAGGUCAAUCAAAAAAGAAAUAUUACUCAAUCAAAGAUCCAACUGAUCCCCACGCCUGUAUUGCAAAUACGCAGUCACGAAUAAUCCCGCUAAAGUAAUAGGAAUUAGGCCUAAGACGAUUCCAAAUAGAAAAACUUCAAUCAUUUCGAUUUGUUCGAGGGGAUAAAAAAAGAGGUACGAUCUAUCUCUAAAUAAUAGUCUAAACUACCCACGAAUCUCAAUGACCAAGAAAAGAAUUGGUAAUUAGUGUGGAAAAGAGUCUAGAAUACCAAGAAUCCAAAAGAAAGAUUCUUCUAUUCAAUUCAUUUCAAAUAAGACGUAUCUUGUUCAAGCUAAUAAAUAGAGCUGGGGUUAUAGUUAAAGCAGCCAGUAGAAAACCGAAAUAACUAGUUAUAGUAAGCAUGAAGGGGUUCAAUUCCAUUUUUUUUACUACACUACAUAUGUUGGUAAAGCACUUACCUAAGUUUAAGUUAUGGAAAAUUCAUAAUUCAUCGGUUAUUUUAGAUAAUACUAAAAAACAAGAUAGAGUGAGAUACAGAAGUGUAAAAAAAAGAGAAAAUCGAUUCAUCAGACGGAACAUGAGUCCCUAAUUCCGAAUCAAGAGAUUUGUUGUGGAAUCUGUCAGUUAAGUAAACUAAUAAUAUUAAGAACUAGAUCAUCUAACCCCAUUGAAAAAUGAAAUUGGAUUUUCGGGAGAAUUUUGGAAUAAAAGAUAAAUAAAGAAUUGAAUUUGAAAAAAAAAAAAAAAAUUCUUUCUAUUUCGGAUUCGGAUUAUUUCUUUUUUAAUAGGAUGGAUUUCAUCCUCUUUUUGGAGCAAAUUUUAACUCAUUGUAUUCCAUAUGGAAUAAGAGGAGAAGAAAAGCAUUCCACGACCCCCGAGGGGCCCCCUCAAAAAGGGAACUAUUCCUAAAAUUUACUUUUUUUUAUUUAUUUUUAUUCGUUUUUUGAACCCCAACAAAAGUGGAUUCAAAGUUACUUCAAUUAUCCUUUUCUUUUAAGUUCUUCUUGUAAAGUUCCAUGCUUGCUGUUUGGUCAAGAAAAUUAGACCUAAUCCAACAAACAAGACAAGGAUUGAUUACGAAUCUUGAUUCUUCAAAGAAUGUAUUCCGUUUCUUUCAUAACGGAUUAUCCGCUAUUCGAUUUUCUAUUUAUUAGAUAUUAUUUUAUGCUAACCAAUUAAAUUCCUUUAACUAAAAAGGGAUCGAUUUUGCAUAUACUUAUCUUUGUAUUGCGUCAAUAUGAGAAUAUCCUUCCUAAAUUCUUUAUCUUAUUAAUCAUUAACUUAGAUUUUCCCAAGAUCUUGGCCGCUAUUCCAAAUUAAAUUAUUCUACUAUUCCGAAGACAAUGAAAAUAAGUAGGACCCAAAAAAUUGUGGGGUUCUAUUGAUGCCUUGAAUAACAUGUAAUUUUCCUAUAGACAAGGAACAAAAAAGAGAAAAAAGGAAUUCUGUUUCGGGACCAAGCAAAACUGGAUUGCUGUGCCAUAGGAAGGAUAGCUAUACUAAUUCGGUAUACUCAAAAUACACCUUUGGUACAAAAUUGACAAUCUCACAAGGAUGAAAUAUCAGUAAUUUUCUAUUUACUGGUGGAUCCCAUCUUUUACGGAAUCAAUUCCUUUUUUGAAUAAAAAUUUUGGGAGCUCAGCAUGUCUGGAAGCACGGGAGAACGUUCUUUUGCUGAUAUUAUUACCAGUAUUCGAUACUGGGUUAUUCAUAGCAUUACUAUACCUUCCCUAUUCAUUGCGGGUUGGUUAUUUGUCAGUACGGGUUUAGCUUAUGACGUGUUUGGAAGUCCUCGACCAAACGAGUAUUUCACGGAAAGCCGACAAGGAAUUCCAUUAAUAACCGACCGUUUUGAUUCUUUAGAACAACUAGAUGAAUUUAGUAGAUCCUUUUAGGAGGCCCCCAAUGACCAUAGAUCGAACCUAUCCUAUUUUUACAGUGCGAUGGCUGGCUGUUCACGGAUUAGCUGUACCCACGGUUUUUUUCUUGGGAUCAAUAUCAGCAAUGCAGUUCAUCCAACGAUAAACCAAAUUCCAACUAUAGAACUAUGACACAAUCAAACCCGAAUGAACAAAAUGUUGAAUUGAAUCGUACCAGUCUAUACUGGGGUUUAUUACUCAUUUUUGUACUUGCUGUUUUAUUUUCCAAUUACUUCUUCAAUUGAGAGAAAGAAAGAGAGUAGUAAGAAUUCUCUUAUCCCAUUUGGAAGGAUACCAUCUUUAUAACUAUCCAUGACUGUUUUUGUCUCUAGCAUGACCACUUGAGAAAAUGUGGAGGAAAGUAGGGGAAAUGGCCGAUACUACUGGAAGAAUUCCUCUUUGGCUGAUAGGUACUGUAACUGGUAUUCUUGUGAUUGGUUUAAUAGGUGUUUUCUUUUACGGUUCGUAUUCUGGAUUGGGUUCAUCUCUAUAGUAAUCGGAGGAUCCAGAUUGUAAACAUGAAAAAGUAGGAACUUAGCGGGUCCUUACUCCCCUUUAUCUGAUUAGAGCGGAAAGGGCCCGCGGAAUUCUUAUUGUUAUAACGCGGUUUUGUUCCAUAAUCUAGAAAUUGGUUACCUAUUUCUAUUUGUAAAAAUAACAAAGAGAAAACCUUUGCUCUGAUGGUUGGAAUCCCUCCAUUUAUUCUUUUGUUUGUUAAUGAUGUUAGUGAGUGAAGCAAUCCAUCGGUCGAUUUAAAGCCCCCGCCUUUCGCCCAUAAAAUGGAUUCACUCUUAUGAAGCAACAAGAAAGAGGGGAGAGGAUCCAGUAUUUUAUUCCAUGAAGGAAGUAUCCUGCAAAUCGUUGAUUUAGUUUAGAGUAAUAAACUAAUAAAACCUUAAUCAAAACUACUCAACUAGCCUAAAAAUCAAAACCACCCUUCCAUGGGAGGGUAUAGAUUUUUUUUUACAAAAUUUCUGUAAGUUCAAAGUUGAACUUAAUUCAAAAAGUAAAGCAAUUCUAUUUGCUCACAAGAAAUGUGUCCCCCGCCAUACCUUCUUUCCCUCUGUUUGUCCACUACCGCGCCCGAACCUAAGCAAAGGAAGUCCAAAAGACAGACCCGAAUAAAGAAUAAAUAGUAAUCUUUGACAAAACAAAUAAGAAGAAAAAUGAUUCUUACUUCGAUACAAGAAGAAUCGACACAA